GUUACGCACGCAGCGCAGCUUUGGCCCACCCGGAUAACAUGGAGUCCAGCCUGGAGUCCAGCCUGGCUCCGGCGUCCUCCUCCAACCGAACACCAACUUACCCGGAGAUGACAUCCGAAACGCCGUGCACAGAAACCGCUUAGGAGGCGCUAUCUAAAGCCUGAUCCAGAUAUGACCGACGGGUGCAUGAACACAGAGCUUUGAUCCUGCAAACCGGGCCGUCUUCCUUACCUGGCGUACAGGACGCUGCAGGAUGUAGGGCAGCCGCCGGGCAGAGGGACUCAGCACGGUCCUCCGGGGACCAUGGAGCCAGAGGGCCCCCGAGUCGCCCCAGGGAACAGCUGUGGCCCCCCGGGCGACCACACCGGCUCCAGCCGCACCGCAGAGGUUUCUGGAUCGUUCAGCGCUGGAGAGGAGAGGAUGUGUAACAGCAGCUCACCGUGGCCGGGGACGGCGGGAGAGGAGGUGGGAGAAGCAGACCCGGGGAGAGACCACCCGGGGAGAGACCCGGGGAGAGACCAAGGGAGAGGGGGGUCCCCCAGGAGGUCCUUCCCCCCCUCCCUCACCUGGGACUCAGACUCAGAGAAGGAGACGGUAGACGAGGAGGAACUUCAGCACUUUGCUAACCCCCACGGCCUGGCCAAUCACAGUCCAGGACACACCUCCUCUGGGCUCAGGCCGGAUGGGCAGCAUGACCAAACCCCUGCACACACGCAGCACUUACCAGGAGAGAGGGACAGAGAGGGUCCCGUAGACACGUCUGACAGUAACCCGAGGGGCACCAGGACCCAGGAGCCAAAUAUGUCCCCGCCGGGGCAGCCGCCCGGGACACAACGGGUGGGGGGCGGUGUCUGGAAGGUGCCAGACCCCCCAGAGCCAACCAGAGUGAAACCAAAGGACUGCUGCCAAACCAAGAGCGAGGACGGGGGGGAGAGGCCUGGCGAGGAGGGGGGGGUCCACAGCCAGGUGAAGCACAAAGCGCCCGGGGGCCAAGCCAAAGAAGCGUCCCCAGACGUGUACUCCUUCCCCGGGGACUCUGACGCCGAGAGCCCCCCUCCGGCGGCCUGGGCCCAGUGCUCCUUCACCCAGCGCCGCAGGAGGAGGAAGGCCCUGCUGAGACCCUUCUCCGGCCUGGCCGGACCCCCGCCGGGAGGGGCGGCGGGCCCCGGGAGGAGGACCGCGACCCCCCAGGGGGCGAACGCUGUUGGGGACGAGGGGAGGAGUGCCGGGGAGAAGGAGGGAGAGGAGAUGCUGAAGGGAGGGGAGGAGAACAUUGGAGGAGAGGAACCGGAGCAGGAGGAGGAGGCAGAAGGAGGAGGAGGAGGAGGAGGAGGAGGAGGAGGAGGAGGAGGAGGCCACCACGAGGAGGACAGCGGUCCGAGUCGAGACAUCUUCACCUGCGUUGAAUGUAGCAUCUACUUCCAGAAGCAGGUCCAUCUGCAGGAGCACAUGUCGGAGCACGUCCAGGGCCCGCCGCCGGGGCGCCGGGGGGAACGGCCGGACAGGGCGGCCCCCCUGCACUGUGCCGAGUGCGGCUGGACGCUGCCCAGCCCCCCGGACCUCCUGGAGCACCGCCGGAGGCACCAGGAGUCCAGGGCCCGCAUACUGGAGGAGAUCCAGAAGCUGGGGGCCACCGGGGCGGAGAGACUAGAGGAGGUGCAGAGGGUGGAGGAGGGGGGGGGUCCCCGUGGGUCUGGACCUCUCCGCAGAGUGCCACCCGGCCCCGGGUCCGGUCAAAGGUGUAGACCUGGACGUAGCGGUCAACCCUCCAACGUUGUCUCUGGUUCCAGGAGCCCUUACCGACCCCUCGACCCCCGGGCCUAAACCCGGUCCGGUCCGGACCCCGGCCCG